AUGUUCACAGGAAUCGUCACAGACAUCGUUGGACGAAGAAAAAAWAAAUCGAUAUCUCAAUUAUGUGGUGAUUGGGCGCAUUUUACGUACAACUAUUGCCGGAGAUUACCUAUAUCAAGAAUUUCGGUCAAGUGGACUGCAUGUCUGGUCGUCGCAGACGCGUUGAAAGGACUCAACAGUGAUAAAAUUUUUAUUUUUAUUUUUUGUGUUUCAGGUCGUACUGCGUUAAACUUGGAAAGAAAAGCAGCGUUUAUACCUAAGCCGGCAAGUUGUUCUAUUGGUAGUCAAACGAUCAGCCUAAAAGACACAGAUGAUCGAAGUUUGUAUUAUUUUCCAUCGUGCACGCGGGUAGACCGAUGUGGAGGCUGUUGCAGCCACGACUUAUUGGCCUGUCAACCGACUAAAAUCGAGACACUCCACUUCGAAGUAUUGGUAUCGCAGUACAACGGAGAAGGAAAAUUAGAAUUCAAAGGUAGAAAAACGGUGUCAGUAGACCGACAUUUGAAGUGCAAGUGCGGAUGCGUCGUUAAAGAAGAAAACUGUGGCCCAUUGCAGACGUACAAUGUCAAAGAAUGCCGUUGUAAGUGCAGCAACGAAGAUGACGAAGAGAAGUGUAGCAACGAAUACGAUUUAAAGCAAUGGAACUCGGCGACAUGCAAGUGCGAAUGUCGUGAAAUCAAGGAAUGCACUUCGGGAUAUGGAUUUGACAAU